GUCAGACAGGGGACAUAGUGAUUGCAUGAUAUUGAUUGGCAGAUGGUGUAUUUCUCUCGUAGUCAGAUAAUUUGGUCACAAAGAUAUAUAAUGCAAACAAUAUCACGCAUUUAACAUGCUUUGUACUAGGUGAUCGUUCGUUUCUUUCACAAUUUCUUUUUCACUGUAUAAGGUCACAAUAAUACGUUGUACCAUAUUUUGACAUAUGAACUUACAUAUCUCUUAUAUUUAUAUAUAUGAAGAUAUGAUAAAAGAAAAAAAUAUAUAAAGUAGGUAAGAACCGGCUGCAACUCUACAUUUAAAUUUGUGUUCAUUUUAGUAUUGUCGUAAUGUCGGCGUAUAUUGAUAAAGUAAUAAAAAGUCUGAAAGCAAAAAAUGGUCAUGAAACAGAAUUUCUUCAAGUAAUUAAAGAAGUAUUGGAUACUCUGAGACCAGUUAUUGAACAACAUCCAGAAUAUGAAGAGGUAGCAUUAUUAGAAAGAUUAACAGAGCCAGAAAGAGUAAUUAUAUUUCGUGUACCAUGGGUAGAUGAUAAAGGACAAGUAAUGGUGAAUAGAGGAUUUCGAGUUCAGUUUAAUGGAGCCAUUGGACCGUACAAAGGUGGCCUUAGAUUUCAUCCAACGGUCUAUAUUGGCAUUGUGAAAUUUUUGGGUUUUGAACAAAUAUUUAAAAAUUCAUUGACUGGUCUUCCGAUUGGCGGUGGAAAAGGUGGCUCAGAUUUUGAUCCAAAGGGGAAAAGUAAUCCUGAAAUAAUGAGAUUUUGUCAAAGCUUUAUGACAGAGUUGUACCGACAUAUUGGACCAGAUGUUGAUGUUCCACCUGGUGAUAAUGGAGUAGGUAGACGCGAAAUCGGUUAUCAAUACGGUCAAUAAAGACGUAUCACAGCAGCAUAUGAAUGAGG